AUGAAGGGGAACCCCAGCUCUCUGGACACCCUGCUGUGGGUCUACCAUUUCCACAGCUCCACCGAGGUGGCCCUCCAACCCCCACUUCUAUCAUCCCUGGAAUUGGCUCUGACUGCAGCCUAUGAAUAUCUGGAGCAGAAAUUUGGAGAAAUGAAGUCUCUGGAGCUGCAAGAAUCGGAGAACUCACAGAAGCCAUCCACCCCGGAUCCCACCCUAGGGCUGGUGCUAAGAGAAGCCACGGCCAGCGUCCUAAGUUUCGGUGCCACCUUGUUGGAGAUCUCAGCCCUGUGGCUGCAACAGGAGGUGUGGCGACUGGACAGUGGCACCAGCGACCUGGACCCAGCCUCAGACUCUGGAGAUCCAGGUGGAGCGCUGGCCCGGGUUGCCCAGGUCGCAGCGCAGGGGGCACGACAGGCAGGAGCUGCGGCUGGCACCAGCACCCGGCUCCUCCUUCAGGGGGCUUGGCUAUGCCUGUCUGGACGAGGUCUGCAGGAGUCAGCUUCCUUCCUGCAACAGUGUCAACACCAGCUGGGUCUCGGAUCCCCAGAGGAACACAGACACUCAGGAGACCUCAAGGUAGCAUCCACCAGCAGCGCAGAGGAUGAAGGACCUGAGACUCCACCACCAUCCCAGCUCUAA